UAUCUCGAGAACAGUGAGAGUGAUAUCUUGUCAAAAUGAUGCGCUCCGGCAAACUUCUUUGGUCCCUUCCCACCUCUAGAUUUGCCAAUGGAUUGGCCCCGGCUGCAUCUAGGCUGCAGUCUACAGCAGCCCAGCCAGCAGCCUCAAAGGCCCCUGCAAAGGAGCGCAACAUGGCCAAAAAGAUAGAGGUGAACAAGUCCUUCGUGAUGAACAUGUUCCGUGGGGCAGCCGUCACCGAGCAGGCCAUCCCUUACCCUUACACCCUGUCAGAGGAGCAGAGGGAGACACUGGAGAUGCUGGUUGACCCCACUGAGAAGUUCUUUGAGGAGGUCAACGAUCCUGCAAAGAAUGAUGCUUUGGAGAAGGUCGAAGAUCACACUCUGGAAGGACUGAAGGAGCUCGGAGCCUUUGGUCUUCAGGUACCGGCAGAAUUGGGCGGAGUGGGGCUGACCAACACACAGUAUGCACGUCUGGUGGAGAUUGUGGGAUCACACGACCUUGGAGUUGGCAUCACUCUGGGCGCUCACCAGUCUAUUGGUUUCAAGGGCAUCCUUAUUGCUGGCAACCCAGAGCAGAAAGCCAAAUAUCUGCCCAAAUGCGCAUCAGGAGAGACCAUGGCCGCCUUUGCCCUGACUGAGCCUUCCAGUGGAUCAGAUGCAGGAUCCAUCAGGUCUCGCGCUGUGCCAUCUGAGGACGGUUCUCACUAUAUCCUCAAUGGAUCCAAGAUUUGGAUCAGCAAUGGAGGUUUGGCUGAGGUCUUCACUGUCUUUGCUCAGACACCUGUGACUGAUCCUAAGAGUGGUGUCACCAAGGACAAGGUAACCGCCUUCAUCGUGGAGCGAGCAUUUGGUGGAGUGUCGCAUGGCCUCCCUGAGAAGAAAAUGGGCAUCAAAGCCUCAAACACAGCCGAGGUCUACUUUGAGGACACCAAGAUCCCCGCAGAGAAUGUGCUUGGGGGUGUUGGCAAUGGAUUUAAGGUUGCCAUGGAAAUCUUGAACAAUGGUCGCUUCGGUAUGGCUGGUGCUCUCUCUGGGACUAUGAGAUAUUCCAUCAAGAAGGCCCUUGACUUCGCCACAACUCGUAUCCAGUUCGGCCAGAGGAUCGACAGCUUUGGCACCAUUCAGGAGAAACUGGCCCGCAUGGCGAUGCUGCACUAUGUGACUGAAUCCAUGGCCUACAUGAUCUCCAGCAACAUGGACUCUGGUUCAAAGGACUAUCACCUUGAAGCAGCUAUCAGCAAGGUGUUUGCUUCAGAGGCAGCGUGGACAGUGACAGAUGAGGCUAUCCAGGUGAUGGGCGGCAUGGGAUUCAUGAAGGAGUCUGGCCUUGAGAGAGUCAUGAGGGACCUCCGCAUCUUCAGAAUCUUUGAGGGAACCAAUGACAUCCUGCGACUCUUUGUGGCAUUAACAGGUGUGUUAUAAAAUGGGAUGGUGAUU